AUGCAGUCACCACUCAUAUCGAUCCCUCGAAAGACGACAGAGGAGGUUGACUGGACUACAAGUAUCAAGAAUCUUAUCUCGCAUUCCUAUGGAGAGAGCCCAGAAAACUACUCUGCGGAAUGUGCAGCCCUUCAACGCUGUCGUCAAGACGCAGUUCGAGGUGCGGGCAGCGAUAUGACUGCUCGCGACCUUCUCUACAAGUAUUUCGGCCAAUUAGAGCUUCUGGAACUCCGUUUCUCCGAGAUUCGUGUCACAUUUCCAUGGCACGAUGCAUUCACCCAUAAAUUAACUACCCAAACCUCUAUCGCGUAUGAGAAGGCAUCCAUACUCUUCCAAAUCGCAUCGACGCACUCCGCCAUCGCUUCCUCGCAGAACCGCUCGUCGCCCGAAGGGCUAAAACGUGCAUUCUACUACUUCAGAACAUGUGCGGGAAUGCUCACCUACAUCAACGAAAACUUUCUUCACGCACCGUCUAAAGACCUUAGCAAAGAGGUCAUCAAAUUCCUCGUGAAUCUCAUCUUGGCCCAAGCUACGGAGGUUUUCUGGGAAAAGUGCGUCGAGGAGAAGAAAGGUAGUGGCCUGAUUUCCAAAAUCGCUUCUCAGGCUGCCACAAUGUAUACAAGUCUCGCUGAAGAGGUAAAGGAAUUCCAAGGCCAAAAUAUAUUGGAUAGGAACUGGGUCACUCUGAUUCAGAUCAAGUCAAAAUACCUCACCUCGCAGGCUCAAUACCAUCGUUCUCUUGCAGAUACGGAUACUGGAACAUAUGGCGAUGCCUUGUCGCGCCUCACCCUAGCCGAAUCUCUUGCUAAAGAGGCUUUACGACUGUGCGCAUCAUUCAAUCCGACAUUCACACCAGCAACGGCCUCUGCACCCUCUUUGUCCACUUUUCCUGCCGACGCCAGCUCAUCAAUGCUUGCUCUGGCUAAGUCUCACCUCGCACUCGUGAGCGAUCGUCGGGCAACCGCUAAUCGCGAGAAUGACCUGAUAUAUAAUGCCAUCCUUCCUUCUGUCGAUGCCCUUCCUUCCAUCGAAACCAAGACUGCCCUUACCUUGGCGACUCCGAUACCAAUUCAAGAAGUCUACGGCACACCCGAAGUGCAGAAAACCAUCGGUGCCGACAUUUUUAGUCGUCUUGUACCUCUCAGCGUUCACGAGAGUGCAUCUGUCUACUCUGAAGAGAAGGCAAAAUUGGUUCGCGGAGAAGUAGAGCGGGCUGAAAUUGCGGCUAGCGAGUCGAAAAGCUUUUUGGACGGACAACAGAUCGUUCAGGGUCUGGAUCGUUUUCGUCAAAUGCUUCGCGGUACCCAAUCAAAUAUUCCCCCCGAAGUCAAGCGAUGGUCUUCCGAGAUCUCCUCGCCGGAAAGUAGAGAAAGUAUCUCCGAUCUCUUGUCACAACUCAUCCGACUCAAGAAUGCCUUGCAGUCAGAGCUGGACCCUGCAACAGGGAUUGCUAGAGAGCUGGAUUCCGAGAGUAGAGAAUGCGAAGCCAUGAGAGUUCGGUAUGAUCACAGAUGGACACAACAACCGAGUGCGGCUUUGAACAAAUCCCUACGACAAGAUUUGAAGGCUCAUAUCAUCGCGAUGGAGGAGGCCGCCAGAAGCGACGCUCAAGUUCAAACCCUUUGGGAUAGCGUUUCAGCGGACAUUAAAGCACUGGCGACUGGUCAACUAGAGUCGUACUUUGUUCAGAUCUCGACGUCUGAGAAGCGAAUGAGUCUGUUGGAUCUCGGGGAUGAAGCGGAAGUUGCCGAGAAGGAGGAGAAAAAUCGCAUUGCCCACUUCGUCCGCGAACUAGAAGAACGGUUAGCGGUGUUGCAGAAGAUUGAGAAGGAGCGCAAUGAGGUCUUGAAGGACCUGAAAGAGAAGAUACAAACCGACGAUGUCUCGCACUUGCUUUUAUUAAAUCGUCGUAACACUGGCGUCGAACAAACACUCUUCGCUGCGGAACUAGAAAAGUUUCGGCCCUAUCAGCAACGAAUUGCGGCUACCAUUCACCACCAAGAAGUUGCACUACAAGAAAUUGUCGCUUGUUGGAAGGAUCUGUGUGAGUUUGCAGAUUCAAAGAACUCUUCACGUCAAUGGGACGAUAACGAGAAACGACGCGAGGUGGGUGUUCGUCAAUUGAAGAGUGCUUGGGAAGGUUAUCAGGAAGUUCGAGAUGGUGUUGCCAAGGGGCUGCAAUUCUACUCAGAGUUAACAGAUCUGACCGUCAAGUUAAGGCGCAAUGUGAAAGCGUUCAUUAGCGGGAGGGCUGCUGAGCGAGAAGCCUUGGCAUCCAAGCUCCGCGGCAAGAGGCUCACCCAGCCGGGCCCGCCCCCUCUUGCGCCAAAGCCAUCAUCGACGGGACUCGAGUCAACAUUUUCUACCAUGAGCAUUGCACAGUCAACAUCACAAUGGUCGCCUCCAGCCUCUAAUUUCCCUUCCCCACCCCCACCCCCACCUCCAAGCCAAUUUCCACCUCCGACUCAUUCAAAUCCUCACUACUUGCAACCAGUACCUAUUCAAUCAUUUCCCCCACCUCCGCCUCCCCCACCCCCAAGUCAUUUUCCCUUUCAGUCCCACAUUGCACCACAAGACCCCUAUGCAAACCUAGGAAUGUUUGCUUCAUCAUCAACACAUGCAAGUGUAUCAUCACCUCAGAGUUCUGUGAAGCCAGAGAUAUAUGGUGGUUAUCACCCACCUGCAAUACAACAAUCUGGUUUCCCACCACCCUCAUUGCCUGUUACCUACCAAUACACUCCAUCUUCUCCUCCUCCUCCUAACCAGUCACAUUAUACUGGAUUGUAUCAUGAAUCUUAA